UGUUGAUACUAUUUUUAUUUACAUCCUAGCGUAUUUGUACUUUCUUUGUAAUUUCGUUUUAUCCUUUUAUAAGUGUUAUUUGGGAAUUUACCUUCCGUUAUGUCCUUAAUUCGAGAAACGUUAAAACACUUCGCUCGUAUUAAUAACGGUAUAUUGGCUAAGCGAUUACUGUCUAUAGAUAAUGCAAACGUUCAAAAUCGGCAUAAUAAUUCUACUUCAGCGGAUGAUCCGUCACAAUUUCCUGGUGCUAAAGCACCCUUUGUUUCGAAUUUAAAAUUGAUUAAGCAUACUGACUAUGGCGCCAUUCCUAUUUAUCGGGUCAUGGACAGUGACGGAUACAUUUCCGACGAUUCCCAGGAUCCCCAGUUAAGUAAGGAAGUUGUACAAAAAAUGUUUAAUGAUAUGGUCCAACUUAACACUAUGGACAAAAUUCUAUACGAGUCUCAACGCCAGGGCCGUAUAUCGUUCUACAUGACGAAUUUUGGAGAAGAAGCAUCGCAUAUUGGAAGUGCAGCUGCUUUAGAAUUGCGUGAUUUGAUAUAUGGCCAAUACAGGGAAGCUGGAGUAUUAGUUUGGCGUGGUUUUCGUAUCGAUCAAUUCAUUGAUCAAUGCUAUGGUAACUGUGAUGAUGACGGCCGCGGUAAACAGAUGCCAGUACAUUAUGGAAGCAAGGACUUAAAUUUUGUGACCAUCUCUAGCCCAUUGUCAACUCAAAUGCCACAAGCUGUUGGUGCUGCAUAUGCCAUGAAGUUACGUCCCAAUAAUGAUGCCUGUGUAGUGUGUUAUUUCGGAGAAGGUGCAGCAUCUGAAGGUGAUGCGCAUGCCGCUUUUAAUUUUGCAGCAACGCUGGAAUGUCCAGUUAUUAUGUUCUGCCGAAAUAAUGGAUUUGCAAUUUCUACACCUUCGCACGAACAAUACAACGGAGAUGGAAUCGCAGCUCGUGCUCAUGGUUAUGGCAUGGCAACAAUUCGUGUCGACGGCACAGACGUCUUCGCUGUUUACAACGCUAUGAAAUUGGCUCGUCAAUAUGUACUUCGUGAAAACAAACCAGUUGUUUUUGAGGCCAUGGCAUACCGAGUUGGCCACCAUUCGACAUCAGACGAUAGCACCGCUUAUAGAUCUGCUGAUGAAGUCGAAGUAUGGAAUUCAAAAGAACAUCCUUUAUCCAAACUAAAGAGCUACAUGGUUCGCAAAGGAUGGUUUGAUGAAAAUGAAGAAAAAGAAUUUGUGAAAGACGUACGGAAAAAAGUUUUGAAACAAAUUAAUGUAUCAGAAAAAAAACUUAAACCUAACUGGAAAGAAAUGUUCGAAGGGGUUUUCUCUGAAAUACCCGCACAUUUGAAGGAACAAAUGAAGGAGUUGGAGUCUCACAUCAAUACACAUAGGAACUACUAUCCUGUAAAAAACUUUAAAGAGUAAGGUUUCACUAUGGUAAAAACUUUCUUUGCUUUUUAUCUUCUUAGUAAACUCUUCACUAUAACGUAAUACGCUGUAAAAUAGUUUUAAAAUUCUUAAACCCAAAAAUUUGUCUUAACUUGUGAUAAUCAAAGUGCAUUUAUUAGUUUUAAGAAAUUAGUCCGAAAACUUACCUAUAUGUCAACAAAAACACAUUGCCAUUGAAAUUAUUGAGUAAUAAUAUAUUGUAUCAUGUUUGUAAAAGUUUUAAAAUAAAUCUUGGUUUAUCGGUUAUAAAAUAUUA